UAAAAAUAUGGCUUAUCUCUGGUAUUGGAAAGAUGACGUGAAUGUCGAAAACAUUGGUGAACUUGCAAUAGCUUGUAACUGGCAGUAAAAGUGCCGGACCUUUCGGCUGGCUACAGAUAGGUGUACAUAUUCUGACCAGUGUUAGUGUGCCAUUUCUUUUAGUACAGUAUAAAGAUAAAUGCUUGCGCAGCUGUGAAGCUACGGGGGAGUUGUUACGGGACGUUAAAGUGAUUAAUUAUUUUUUUGCCAAACCUAGUCAUCACAACUGUACCCUGACACCCCACUACUAAAUACGAAAGUCCAAAGCAACACCCUUCCAUAAUCUGACUGGAAGCUCGGCGGUCUUCGAUUAGCAAGAAGAACGAAUAUCGCAUUGGAUUUCAGUGAAGAUGCAUCGACGUUAGCCACAGUCACACGGUUUCCGAGAAAAGGCCGCGUCUUAAGCUUGCUCAGCCACAUCAUCACAUUGAGGUACUGUAAAACAUCCUGUCUUCAAAGGAAGGGAUCAGCGUGUGAAUCAUCGACUAAGUUAGCAGCAAGAUUUAGUUGCGACGGGUCAUGAUGGCCGUCAGUAGUCAAUGGCCUAUGAGUCUGUCGGUGACAUUGCUGACGAGCGCGGGGUUACUGAGCCUUAGCAGCGUAAUCGAAGCCGCUCCACGGUUCCACGAUGAUAGGCCGAACCUUAGCACAUCUGCGAUCAUUCAAACGCUCGGAAAUGUUUUUCGUCUACCUGAAAUACUCGGCGGCCGCAUCAAUGCCGAUAGUGAUGUUCGAUUCGGUUUGGCUUCAGCGCCUGAAGAUCCGCUCGUUGACGUAGUAGAGAGAUUUGAGCCAUCGGGUUCGCGAGGUGCGCGACUCUUCAACGAUGAGGAAUACGGUGAUAUCGCCGGGCCCUCGCCCACUCGAUUCGCUGAAGACUACGGCGAUGGUUUCAAGCGGAUCCGCCAUCAUCCUCGGGACAGUCUUGAACGACGAGAUUUUUUGGGUUUUUCAGACCACCAGGGUCGCUCGGACGACGUGCCGUCGGUGCCUCCUCGUAUGAAGCAAAUUAACCGCAAGACUCAAAAGCUCAAGGGGGUCGACGACGGACCUAUAGACAAAACAGAUUUCAUCGGCCUUACCAGGCACACGUUUAGCCCCGGCAAGAAUUAGGAAAAUUUCGACCAAUCUUAAGGCAAUGUGUAGCGUUCUUUUACAUGCCAAUAAGGUAUGACUUUUUCUUUUUACCAUUUUUAUGCAUAAACUUAUUCGCUUGUACUCACCUGUGCUUACUGUAACAUCAACAUUUGUAUGGUAAGCACUGUGUGUCACAGUGCUUACCAUACAAAUGUUGAUGAGUUAGGUUUUUAAGUCGUAAACAUCUGACGUGUCAGCCGUGUUUUCACGGAAGGAAGAGCAUGUUCGUAGCUUUCGUGAAAGGGAAAGCGAACAUUUUUUUUAAUAUUACCUUUUUUAAUUUUGCAGUUUCGAAACAACUCUAUGUUAAUAAAUAUUUAAUUACGCUCUAAUCGUAGAGAGGUGACACAAUUCUAUUUAUUGCAUAUGCGAUUAUAGUAUCACGCUGAGUCAAGGAUGAGGCGGAAUUUACUAAGCACAUUUUAACAGAGAUCUCUGUCGAACAACGCUGAGUAGCAGCUUGGCCAGCUGAGCCUCUGACUGGAAAAGACAUGGGUUACUAAUUCAAGCCCCGCAAAUCGAUACUAUUGGAUAAAGGGACAAUACCGGCUUUAAACGUGGACGAAUCGCU